UCCACACACAGCUCAGAUGGGCUUGGUCACUGGCCGGGUUUGGUACUGGUUGGAGUGUGUGACUUGAUAAUGUUACUUUGGGACUAGUUUAUAACCCGAGCCCAGAUGUUAACCCGAUAUCUUUUGGGACCAUAAUAUUUGUGCAUUUCUUAAAAUGACUGAUAUUAAUAAAAUGAUUCAAAAAUGGCACGCAAGUUUCAAAAAGGGUACAGACUUCGAUUCCUGGGGACAGUUAGUGGAAGCUAUCGACGAGUACCAAAUAUUAGCCAGGCAUUUGCAGAAGGAAGUGCAGUCAACGGCCAGUUCUUCUGAACUCUCAGAGGAUCAAAAGAAAACACUCAGCAAAAUAGCAACAUGUCUUGAAUUAAGAAGCACGGCUCUACAGACAACACAAUCUCAGGAAGCAUUCAAAUUGGAAGAUUUGAAGACACUAGAACCAAUUUUAAAGAACAUUCUUUCUUAUAACAAAGAUUUUCCUUUUGAUGUUCAACCUGUCCCUAUAAGGAAAAUCUUGGCACCUGGAGAAGAGGAGAACUUGGAGUUUGAGGAAGAGGAGGAUGGCGGAGCAGGAACCCCUGACUUCUUCACUACCAGAGUUCCAGGAGCUGUAGAAGGUACUCUCCUACCACGACUGCCCUCUGAACCAGGCAUGGCUCUGCUUACUAUAAAGAUAGAAAAAAUUGGACUCAAGGAUGCAGGGCAGUGCAUUGACCCCUACCUGACAGUCAGUGUAAAAGAUAUUAAUGGAGUGGAUCUAACCCCUGUACAAGAUACCCCUGUGGCUACAAGAAAGGAAGACACGUACAUACAUUUUGCUGUUGAUGUGGAAAUCCAGAAACACAUCGAGAAAUUGCCAAAGGGAGCUGCUAUUUUCUUUGAAUUCAAACAUUACAAACCCAAAAAGAAGUUUACAAGCACAAAGUGCUUUGCAUUUAUGGAAAUGGAUGAAAUCAAAGCUGGAGAGAUUGUUAUAGAGCUAUACAAAAAGCCAACCGACUUUAAGAGAAAAAAGCUACAUUUGCUGACCAGGAAACCGCUGUAUCUUCACCUCCAUCAAACAUUGCACAAGGAAUGACUUUCUGUAGAUACUAAGGCAAAUUAACAAGUGUUGUGGUAACUGUGUGUGUGUACAGCAGAAUCCCAGUCAUACUAGGCAGCACAUCUGUGAUCAACAACGUGCAAUAACAGUAUCAGUUUCUCGAAGAGAACAUCUUGUGUCCAGUACUGCUGCUGGUUCAAUUCAGGGGAAAGUUUCAUGCUGAUUAACAUCCAGUUUAUUACUUUAGCAACUGAUUAAUACUGAACUGUUGGAGAACAACUUCACAAAGCAAGUCAUCACUUUUUAAAUCCAGACUGUGUGCUGUGAUCAUUGAGGCAGCAGCUUUAUAGUUAAUUGUUACACUAAAGGGAAGCAUUAAGUGGACAAAGGAUCUUGGCUUCUGUGUUUUAAUGUAGAGGUGUGAGUGGUGAACAGUAUGCAGUGGUACUUUUAACAAGAACCCUUCUGUCUGGCUGGAAACUUUGCUAGAAAUGUAUUUGAAGUGCCCUAGUGAGAUGUGUUUG